GGAGGCUGGUCAAGCACCCGCAUUUCCAUAACUUCAAUUCGGCGCAGGCGGAGCAGUACCUUGCUAAGCAGCAGCGCGGGGAUGUGGUCAUUCGUCCGUCGUCGAAGGGCUUCAACCAUUUGGCUGUUACUUGGAAGGUCGACGACAAGCUCUACCAGCACAUCGAUGUCUACGAGCCCAAUGCCGACCCCUCUGGCCAGAGUACAGGUGGCCCGCUGAUCGUCGAUGGAAAGUACGAGUUCUCCGACCUGGACGAGUUGAUCGUCAACCACGUUUCCGCCCUCACGCGCCGCGUCGAAGAGCUUAUGGCGUACGAGAAGUUCAAGCCUGGUCCCGAGGACGAACUUCACUUGUUCCUCAAGAAUUUCGUCGCCGCUCACCCCAACAAGAGCAUGUACGGGUUCACCCUGAACCGGAAGCGACCCGGCCACUUCAACCUCUGCUUCUUAACGAACAAAAAUUCGACCGUCCAGACCUGGCCCGUGCGCGUCGCACUAGAAGCGUACUUCCUCUUUGAUAACGCCGCGACUGGUGUUUACGAGCUCUGCGACGCGUUCAAGCUCCGGCAGAUCCAUGCCGAGUCCAACACGGCAGGAGCAAGCGCGGAGACGCCUUACGGCGGCCGUACGCCCGCGCGUACACCUGCAGUUGGUGGCGCCACGCCUGGUCCCAUGUCAGUUAGGCAGGUCAACCGUACGCCGAAUCCGUACGGCGCGGCCGGGGGCGCGAAGCCGCGGAAUGUGCCCGCCAACCAGUUUGCGCCGUUCCCUCCGCCACUCGGUAUGAUGCCACCGCCUGCUAUGAUGCCGCCCCCGCCUAUGUGCGGAAAGCCACCACAGCCAGGAGGGAUGAUGCGGCCGCCCGUCCCGCCCGGUAUGAAUCCACAGCGGGCAGCCCAUAUUCACCAAUUCGGCGGUGCACCGAGUGGCUGGAUGUUCCCGAACACACAGUCACACAACUUGAUGAUCCAAGUGUGUGGCUUCGCCCAGAUCUUUCAAGCCGCCAUGGACGGCGACUUCACGCGCUUCAUCACUGUGCAAGCCGCCGGCGAGAUGGACUCGCUCAAAACGCACAUCAACCAGAUGGUGUUCAACCUGCGGGAGGCGAUUCAGCGGCACACCGCCGCGCGCGAGACGGCCGGCUCGCGAACAGUGUUGAAGAGGAGUCUUGAAGAGGAGUCAGCGGGAGAGCCUUUUGCUCGUGUAUUCGCUUGGAGGUCGCUGUUGUUGAUUAUUGAUGAUAUCUUGGAUAUCUCGAAGAUUGUGGCCGGUCGUAUGACGAUGGAGCAGGUGUCCUUCUCGUUCCGCCAGAUAGUGUUCUUUAUCCUCAAGACACUCGUCGUGUGCGCAUCGCAGCACAAUACUGAUCUCACGUACGACGUCGACCCGGAGAUGCCGGCCUCGCUCGUGGGCGACGCGCUCCAAUUGCGCCAGGUUAUCACGAAUCUGGUCGGCAAUGCGAUCAAGUCGAAGCACCAGCGCGGGCACGUCACGCUUUCGCGCCGGUUCCUCGCGGGCGACGACGAGAACGUGACGCUCGAGUUCUGCGUUACAGAUAAGGGUAUCAGGAUGAAGCAGGACAAGCUCAGUCUUAUCUUCGAUACGUUCGCGCAGGCCGAUGGGAGCAUGACGCGCGAAUUCGGCGGAACGGGCUUGGGUCUGCCCUUCGCGAAGCACUUGGUGUUGCUCAUGGAGGGCAAUACGUGGCCGAGUCGCAAGUGGGCGUUGGCCCAAGUUCUUCUUCAGAGCCUCUCUGGGUAA